GUGGGAAGUAUCAAAGAUGAUAAAUAAGAUAUAUGACAUCCAGUUAUCAUGUUGCAUAGUUAUGACACUUAUGCACGAAAUCGAUCUUCUUUAUUAUCUUUUCAUGGACUUACAAAGACCACUUCAUCUUUUUGCCCGUCUAGACGUAGCUGUACUAUGUCUAAUAGACAUCAGUAGCAUUUUUUUAAAAAUUUGCUCGACGGGCUACACUUGCGAAUAUACAAUAAGACAGGCUAGAAAAGCGAGUAGAAUUAUCCAUGCUGCUUUGUCGUUACAAGCAGGCUCCGAUUUAAGAGACGAGAUGUUCCAGUUUUGUUUGCAAAUAUCGCAGACUCAGCAGCGAAAGAGCAGAGAAAAUUCUUUGUGGUGGAAUUACAAGUUCAUUUGUCGAUGCGUGAGUCAUGUGGUGUCUUAUUUAGUAAUUUCGAUUCAAUUCGUCGAAAUGAAAAGAAUUUGAAUAUCAUGUGCCCAACAUCGAAAUG